AUGCUCAGUCACGGACUAGUCACAGGUCUCCCACGCACCUUCCCGUCGCUCCCUCUCUCGCUUGCCCCUCCUUGCUCUCCGUGCGUCGCCGGUCGCUUACGCGCCACUCCCCACUCCUCCUCCCUUCGUCCGGCCACCGCUCCCUUCGAGACUCUCCACUUGGACGUCUGGGGCCCUGCCCCGACGCAGGGGUCUGGGAGGGAGCGUUACUUUCUGGUGGUCGUCGACGACUUCUCCAGGUACACCACAGUGUUCCCUCUUGCGAAGAAGUCCGAGGUGACUGCUACGCUGAUCAGGUGGCUUCUAGCCACUGAGGGCACUCGUGGUCGUCGAGUCAGUUGUCUCCACUCCGACCGUGGGGGCGAGUUUCGCUCCGGCAUUCUCGGCGGAUUCUGCGGCGAACAGGGCAUCACCCAGUCCUGGACUCUGCCAGAGUCCCCACAGCAGAAUGGGGUUGCUGAGCGCCGCAUAGGCUUGGUCAUGGACAUCGCCCGCACGUCCAUGAUCCAUGCCCGUGCGCCCCAUUUUCUGUGGCCCCACGCGGUUCGCUACGCCGCACACCAGCUGAACCUCCAGCCGCGUGUCUCGCGGCCCGAGGCUUCACCGACCAGUCUUUGGACUGGUUCCCCUGGUGUCGGGUCGGCCUUUCGAGUCUGGGGCUGCCUUGCGCAGGUCCGCGACACCUCUGCGGACAAGCUCUCGGCACGCGCCAUUCCCUGUGUCUUCCUUGGUUUCCCGGUAGACUCGGCCGACUGGUCCUUCUACCACCCGCCCCUCCACCAGUUCCUAGACUCCCGUGACGUCCGGUUUGACGAGUCCGUGUCCUACUACACCCGGUACCCUUGUCGAGGUCUCCCGGUACCCCCUCCCCCUCUUUUCCUCGCACCCUCUCCUCCUCCUGCUCCCGCUCCUCCGGUACCCCUGCCCCCCCCUGGUCCUGCCCCGUCUGGUGUGUCUCACGCUACCCCUCUACCCUCGGUCGCGCGUCAGGUAGCGUCUCCCUCCCCGCAGUCCUCCUCACAGCCCCCUCAGCAGCCUUCGGCGCUUCCGCGACAGGUUCCUGUGGACUCGGUUGGUGUUGGAGCUGGAGGUGCAGCUUCUAGCGGUGCUCGGUCUGGGGGCGCUAGCUCUGGGGGUGCUGGAGCUGGAGGUGCUGGCGCAGGCGGCGCUAGCUCUGGGGGUGCUGGAGCUGGAGGUGCUGGCGCAGGUGGCGCUGGCUCUGGGGGUGCUGGAGCUGGAGGUACUGGCACUAGAGGUGCUAGUUCUGGGGGUGCUGGAGUUGGAGGUGCUGGCGCUGGCGGUGCUAGUUCUGGGGGAGCUGAGUCUGAGGAGACUGACGCUGGAGGCCCUGGAGCAGGAGCGGCUGGAGAGGGAGCGGCAGGAGCUGCGGGUGCUGGACCUUCUGGAGCAGCAGCGGCAGCAGCAGCAGCAGCAGCAGCAGCAGCAGCAGCAGCAGCAGCAGCAGCAGCAGCAGCAGCAGCAGCAGCAGCAGCAGCCGCAGCAGCAGCAGCCGCAGCCGCCGCCGCAGCCGCAGCAGCAGCAGCAGCAGCCGCCUCCGCAGCUUCCUCUUGA